CCGAUAUACCGAGGCAAAAGAGACUGCAAUCACCGAAAAGUGUGUUUUGUAAGUGAGGUCAGCAUGUGUAGGCUCUCCACUGGCACUGCCAUUGAAAGCGCGUGUCAAGCCGCGAGAGUCACAUUCCUCCGCGUCAAGAUGUUUUAAAUAACAUCUCCAUUGCUCAUUUCCUUCCCUGUCCCCCCGGUUACCGUGCCAUCGUCAUCACCCUCGUCGCGCUUCCCAAAGACGCAGUAAUGGCUCCCAACGCCUCAUACACGGCGACUGCGAGCCCAACUCUCACCGACAGUUUCUCUUCAUCGCAUAUACUCUCCGCCUCGAUUUCAUCUCUGUCCUCGUCUGUCUCGGCGGCGCGGCAUUCCUCUUCAUACGUCUCCAAGACCUACCGGCAGGCCUCUACGCUCUUCCUAACGCGUCGGCUACCCGAGGCUCUGUCCACCAUCCAGCCCCUGAUCACCCCGCCAGCCUCGGAAGACACAAACGGCGUCGAUGAGCCCGCGCCGGUCGCCAGAGCCUCCCGCACCACGAGAGUCAAAGUGUGGAGCCUGUACCUGACAAUCCUGAACGCCAUACUGGAACUGGAUCCGGCCGAGGGGAAGGAGACAUUCGGGGCCCAGGAAUGGCGGUCCAUCUGUUCCAGGGUCCGAGAAGGCGAGGUCUGGGAGGAGGUGGUCCACAAUGGCUACCACGGAAUUGAGGGGAACGUGGACUCGGACGUCGUCAUCAAUCUAGCCACGCUCCUCCUGGCGCAUGCACGCACGCAGAUUUUGAACCAAAGGCGCCUAGAGAGCUACUUGGCAGCGGCUAACACACCCAACUUGGAUAUCUCUGACAGGUUCCCGGUAAACCCGUCACCACGGCACCCUCCAAGGCACCGCUCCCCCGCGAAGGCAACCAGCGGCGCCGACACGCCCCGGGACCUCAACGCGCGGGUCAAGAUACUGGAGCUUUACACACUGCAUGUGCUCCUUCGCAAUAACGAGUGGGACUACGCACGCGAGUUCAUCAGCAUGAGCUCGGUGCUGGACGAGGAGAGGCGGGAGGCCUUUCUCCAGGCAUUACAGAGCCUCCAGGAAGACCAGCAGGAAGCCGACAGGCGGGAACGGGAGGAGAAGCAGCAGCAGGAGGACCAGCUACGCCGCGACAUCGAGGAGGCGCGGAAGCUAAGGGCUGAGAACGAGGAGCGCGAGCGGAGGAGGCUGGAGGAGGAGAGGGCGCGCCAGGAGGGCAGCGAGGUCGACUACGGCAUCGACAGGACGCCAAGCGUUGCCGGAUCCAGUAAGCCGAGGCGUCCGACGAACCAGUAUUCGAGCAUAUCAAGGCCGCAGCCAUCAACAUCCAAGAAGACCAACGCCAUCGCGCCCCCUACCCUGGCAACGAGGGCCGUCACAGUCCUGUCUAAUAUCCGGGGGAUCAUCGAGCAGAUGGGCUCGUCCUUCCGAACCAACCCUAUUUUCUUAAUACGGACGCUAGCGUUCAUCCUGGGCGUACUCCUCAUGUUCGGCCGGAAAAGCAUACGCGAGAGGAUCUCGCGCAUCCUAGGCACCAGCUGGAAUAAGAUCAAGGCCACGGCGGGCAUGGGCGUCAAGGUUAGCUACAUCUAAUUCUGACCGCCCCCCGCAGUCGAUCGUUUGGCUUCACUUUGUAUCACGUCGUGUACACACAUGGGGCGUCAUUGGGAGGGGUUUAAUGUUAGCAUGAAUAGGCGGGAAUCCGACAACUGUGUUUUGAUUUGUUUUUGUGCCCUCAGCACAAAAUGGAAUGGACGUUUCCUCCCUUCAUAGCCAGAAGUCAAAUGUAAUUCGUACAACAAGUACAUAUUUCAACUCGAAA